AUGUAUGCCGCCGCUGCUGCUGCCGCCGCCGCCGCAUAUCCCCAACAGCUCGACUACGGGAUGCAGGAGGCCUACUACAGCUCCAACGGCCACUACUCCGCCGACAGCUCGCCCUCAUCGCCCUCGCACUCGCUGCCCUCGAUGUCGAUGGUCGGCCCCCAGCGGACACACCCCUCCAUCGCCGGCAUGCGCAAGCGCUACGACAUGGUCCCCAUCUCCGAUGCGCCCACCGCGCCGCGCAACUACGUCACGCCGUCCUCCACCUCGCGCAAGGACAUCCCGUCCUUCUUCGCCAACCGGCGGCCCACGUCACAGCCGUCGGACGAGGAGGAGGACGAGCUCGCGGACGAGGUCCUCCCCGCGAACGCGACAGACCAGGAGCGCAUCGAGUACAAGCGCCGUCAGAACACGCUCGCUGCGCGCCGGAGCCGCAAGCGCAAGAUGCUCCACCAGCAGCACCUCCAGGACGCUGUCGAGCGGCUCACCCGCGAGAAGGAGAUCUGGAGGACCCGCGCGCUCACGCUGAGCAACCUCCUCCGUAAUCACGGCAUCACCUGCCCCGACUUCCCCGAGGUGUAA